AUGGGAAGACCAGCUUCAGAUAUUGAUCGUCAAGAUUUAAGUGACUUUGGCAAUGAUAAGAAUAAAGAGAAUAAAAAGAAGGGAGAGUGGACCUUAGCUUCAGCUAUUACCCUAACCAAAGUCAAUGAACAAGUCCAAAUCACUGGCGACAAGCCGAUUGGACUUAUAAAAAGAGCAAUGAGAGCUAUGUCCUUGCAUUCACAACAGUUAUUUGCUCUCAAUACAAAAGAUGGGUCUUCACAACCAAAGACUCAGCGUGUCUACGUUCAUUGUAUUCGUCAUGCAGAAGCUCAGCAUAAUCUUAAGGACGUGCCGUACGAGUACAGGAAGAAGAUGAAGGAUCCAAGACUUACAGUCUACGGAGAGCUCCAAGCUAAAGAACUAGCGAAUCGAUUUAGACAUAUGGAAAAGGUUACUCACAUCAUAUGCUCGCCACUGCAACGUACUAUCCACACAACCCAGCUUGCUCUCGGUCCCGCUAUUUUCGGAAAAGGGAUCCAAAUCAUCGCUUAUCCAGAUGUUCGAGAGUGGGGAAACACCAACUGCAAUACUGGUAUUCCCAUGUCCCUUCUUCUGAAGAAGUUUCCGGGACUGGAAGGAAAACUCGAGACUCGCCUUGCUCCUAACGGAUGGGAGAUGAAUAGAGAGAUUGGCACGCCAUUCCCGGAGUACAAGCAAACUCGAGCUCUGAAGGUUCGUAAGGAGCUUUGGGAGCUAGGUCAGGUUGCUCUGAAGGAAGAAAAGGGCAUUUGGAAUGGAAUCGAAGUCAACGGUGUUGCGAGAGACUGUGAUGUUCACAUUGUGGUCGUUUCUCAUGGUGCUUUCCUUGCUACAUUGGAGGGAGAGGAAAAUGCGCGGCUCUACAAUGCAGAGUAUAAAUCUUACGAGUUUGCAACGGAGGAGAUGGUCGUUGCACAUAAGUCUUCUCAGUUUGAACUCAUUGAGACCGAGGAAAGCAAACAGUAUAUUCAUACGCAUCCAGUGUGGGUAUGA